UAAUAGCGCAUCAACAGAGAGAGCAAAAUAUGGCAAAAACUCAAUCAUCCUAAUAUCGUCACUUUCUUAGGCUGCAGUGGGCCUAAAAACGAGUUUCCUUUUAUGAUUAGCGAAUGGAUGCCGAAGGGAAACGCCAGGCUCUACGCUCGCAAACAUAGAGAACGAAAGAAGAAUGGAACAGGACAAGAUGCCGAUUGUGUAAAAAUAGUGAGUGAUUCAAGUGUGAUUUCGUUUACCCGCUCUGAUGUGUGGCGUGAUCUCACUACUAAAGUGGUAUGUGUCCGAGUUGUCGAGCAGGGUGACUUUGGUCUUGAUGUUCGCUGUAGUCUUGAUGUUGCCGAGGGAUUGGUUUAUCUUCAUUCUCAGGGGAUCAUCCACGGAGGGCUCAAAGCCAGCAACAUCCUCAUCGAUACAGACCACAAAGCUCGCAUCACAGAUUUCGCCUUGGCAUCAAUCGCAGCUGAGGUCCAGACAGGCAGCCGGCCACCUCCUAUGAGAUGGUCCGCUCCCGAAGUGUUGGAAGGCGAGCUUAAGGAACCAGGCGCAGAUAUCUACUCAUUCGCAUGUACCAUCCUGGAGAUAAUAACGGAUGCUGACCCAUUCCAGCGUCAUACGCAUUUGUAUCGCCUCCAUCGUCUCAUCCGUGAGGGUCUUCGACCUGAUUUUCCGGAGUCCCCAGUGGCUUGGGACAGGGGCUUGACAAACGCUUCGUGUCCACUUUGGCUCCUGAUGCAAGCAUGCUGGGCGCCGAGAGCCAAUACAAGGCCAGAUGCUGGUGAAGUGCGGGACAGGAUGAGAGACAUUUGGCAAUCGAGAGGUGGCCAACCAUACUGGAAAUAACUAUGGGGACGAAGACUC